CGCCGCUCCGCCGCCACAACGCACGUAGCCUCCGCGACGCACGGUCCCCAGUGUCGCGAGCGCGCGAGUUCAUGUGAGCGACCGACAGUUCUCUCGUUAAGUCCGGUGACCAAGGAUCGGCAAGCUGUACGCGCCGCAGGAAGACGACAUGCUGACGAUGGAGACGGACCUGAAGGGCGGCAGCCUGCACGGCGCGGCGCCGCACCACGCGCUGCAGCACGGCUACGGCUCGCUGUCGGCGCUGGGCGGCAUGAUGCUACCGCAGCAGCAGCCGCUGCACCAGCCGCACCAGCACCUGCACCAGCACCAGCAGCACCCGCACGCCGCGCACGCGCCGCAUGCACCUCACGCCACGCACGCAACACACGCCACGCACGCGCCGCCCAACAACAACAACAACACCACCAGCAAGAACUCCAACACGGACCGCGUGAAGCGCCCCAUGAACGCCUUCAUGGUGUGGUCGCGCGGCCAGCGCCGGAAGAUGGCGUCCGACAACCCCAAGAUGCACAACUCCGAGAUCUCCAAGCGCCUCGGCGCGCAGUGGAAGGACCUGUCCGAGUCGGAGAAGCGCCCCUUCAUCGACGAGGCGAAGCGCCUGCGCGCCGUGCACAUGAAGGAGCACCCCGACUACAAGUACCGGCCGCGCAGGAAGACGAAGACGCUGGCCAAGAAGCAGGACAAGUACCCGCUGGGCGGCGGCGCGCUGCUGGGCGGCGGCGGCGGCGAGGCGCGCGCGCCCAGCCAGCAGCGCGACGUGUACCAGGUGGCGCCCAACGGCUACAUGCCCAACGGGUACAUGAUGCACGACGCGGCCGCCUACCAGCAGCAGUACUACCCGCGCUACGACGUGGCGCAGAUGCAGCAGGGCUACGGCGGCGGCUACUACGGCGGCGGCCAGGGCUCGCCCUACGUGCCGCAGCCGCCCUCGCCCUCGGGCUACGGGCUGGGCCCCGGCUCGCCCGGCGGCUACGCGCUGCCGCCGUCCUGCGCGUCGCACUCGCCGUCGGGCUCGUCCGCCAAGUCGGAGCCCGUGUCGCCCGGCCCGCCCGGCCCGCCCGGCCUCAAGCGCGAGUACGACGGCUCGCUGAAGCGCGAGUACGAGCAGCAGCUGGGCAUGAAGCGCGAGUACGCGCAGCCGGACCUGUCGCACAUCAUCAACAUGUACCACGUGCCGGACGAGCAGCGCUACGCGCCCGCCGAGCGCAUGCCGCUCAUCUGAGACUCGCCCUUCGCGUGCGACAUCGACAUCCCGCCGCUCUGAGGCGCCGCCGACCGCUCGCCGCGAUACAGACACUACAGUGACUUUGUUGAUGAUCAGUUCUUGCGUUAGGACAGUGACCGUUAUCUCCUUGGCGUACAUACUUCUAGGUAUGUUCCUUUAUUUGUUUUGUAUCGUACGUAAGUGUUGCGAGGGGCCCGCGCUGUUAGUGUUGCGACCGCUCCUCCGACGGUUCAUUCAUGUUGUUGGAUACCUGUAUCAUAUUAUCGAUUAUUGUAUUUUUUCAUGGUUUAAGUUAAAAUAUUUUAAGUUGCGAGAAGACGACGAAUGACUGGAGAUGAGUGCCUUCGCGCGAGAGAUGAUGAGUGUGUGUGGUAAUUUGGAUACCAAAAAAUUCGAACAAUCUGUAAAUAUAGUGAUAGGAUUCUAGAGUUGCAAGUUGAAGUUAGUGGAUAAAGUAGGGUAGAUAGAGAUAAGCCGUGCCACGACACACUCCACAACACACGUCGUGCAUUGUACAAAAUAUUUGUUAUAUUGAAACGAAAGUUAUAAAGACUCGAAAGACUUAAAAUAUUGUAAUACGAAAAUGUACAGUGAGUGUUAUUAUAGUCAGUGGACACAAAAAUAUAUUGAAGAAAGAAAUGAAGUUAUCAAUAAACGACGCGUUAAAAUUA